UCAAUUUGUAAACAUAAUAUUUUCAUCGAUAAUUCAAUUUUGCAACCAAUAUCUUCAACAAACUAAUAAUAAUUUUAAAAUGUCAAUGGUCUCAUCUUCUGAGACAGAAUCUGAAUCUGAUGUUUCCUGUUAUAAAAAAGUAAAUCUAACGAAUUUAAAAGACUCGAGUUUUUGCCCUUUCAAACUCGAAUGGGUUUUUGGUCUUAACACCGCAGUUCCAAUAGUGAAUUUGACAACAAAAAAUAGAACUUUAAUCGCUUAUGCAUGUUCACAUGUGGCAGUUUUAUAUAAUUAUCGUUCUAGAGAAAUGUUUACACUCCAAGGCCACAAAAAUGAUCUACGAACUUUAUCAGCAAAUGCAGACGGUAAAUGGCUACUCACUGCAGAUUUUGGAAAUGAUUCAGUUGUUGUCAUUUGGGAUACAGAAAAAUGCAUUCCAAUUUGCACUCUUUUUAAUCCACAUGGUGAAGUAGGAAUGUCUGCUGCAAAAGUUAGCUAUGAUGCUAAAUACGUUGUCACUGUAGGAAAUGAAAAAUGUCAGAUGUUAAAUGUUUGGUUGUGGACUUGCGGCCAAGAUAUUCCUGAUGCCUCAAUCGAACUGGAAGUUACGAAAAGAGAUCGAGUCAAAGAAAUUAGCUUCAAUUACAAUAAUUCAGAUCAAUUUAUUCUUACACUUGAUCAUCAUGUAUUGUUCACCACAUGGGAAAAAAAAAGUUUAGAUGUUCAUCACCCACGUAUUAGAAAAAAACGAGACUUUGGCGUUUUUAAUAAUUCUAUUUACUUAUCUGGAGGACGAAGUGCGAUAACAAGCACUUCUAAUGGAUUUAUCUUAAUGUGGAGUUAUCCUACUAAGAAAAGGAAUUUGAAAAAUGAGGCAAAAAAUAAAAUGCAAUUUGUGAAGGGAACUCAUGUUCAAAAAAGUAAUAUAACUCAAAUUGGCCGACACAAUCGUACAAUCGUCCUCGGUACUGAUAAAGGAAAUUUACAUUUCUACGAUGAAGAAUUAAAGCUUUUAUACUGGUGUGAGGAAUGCCAUUUCGAUUCAAUAAGCUCAAUAAGUUUUGAUCUCCCUUCUGAAUUCAAAGCUCCCAAAAUAAUUCAACAAGAGCCAGAAGUUACAAAAAGUAUUGAUGGAGAGAGUGAAAAUGUGGAGGAAGAAUCAGACAAGGUUAACUUCUUUGGAAAAAGUAAGGACGAAUCUUCAACAGAAUCCGAAAGCGAUAAUGAGACAAUUAUUUCCCAAUAUGCGAAUAAUGAAUCGAAAGAAAAUUUAGAAGAAAUUGAAUCUAAUAUAACGUUUAAAAUAGAAUAUCUUUCAAAAAAUAACAGUAUUAGCAGGAGAAAGAAUAGUGUAAAUAAGUGUAGAAAUAAAGAAGAUCGUGGAUCAAAUAGUCCUCGACCAACAGAUGCAACAUUGGAAAAAAAAGUUUUCGCUAUUGAAAAUUUUGUCGUGUGCACACAAAUGGGAAGAUUGGCUUGGCUAGACAUUUCUAGAUUAAAAUUUCAAUUUAUUUCACACCCUUCAGAAAGUGCAGUCACUGCAUUGGAUAUACACAGUGACUUGGAUGUUAAAAAAACCGCAAAACAUCCUUUAUACAUAAAAUCGCGAAUCUGUCAAGUUCAAAGUUAUAUUGUAAUGGGAAACUCUUCUGGUUUCGUUCGUUUAUUUAAUUACACAAACCAUUUUCUAAUGGUAUCCAAAAAAACUCCAUCUCUUCCUAACUUUACUGAAAUUUAUAAUAAAGAAACGAUGAACUUUGAAAUAACCCACGUUUCCACUUUUAAAACUCAUGAAAGUUUAAAAUCCGUCACAGCCCUCAAGUAUUCUCCAAAAUCUGAUAUGCUAGUUUGUGGACUAGAGAGUGGAGUAAUGUGGAUUUUACAUCCGGAUACGUUGGACCCAUUGGAUGAAACUCCGUUCAAACACUCAACAGAGGCUAUUAUGAAUAUUACUUUCUCUGAUAAUUCAAUCUACAUGGCUUAUUCGGAUAAUGCUAUGAUGGUAGCGGUUUUUAAAAGAGCGGGGAAGAAAGGACCCUGGGGUUUUUGGAAUUUUAUUGGAAAACAUCACUCUCAUUAUUUUCCCAUAAGAGAAAUAUUAUUUGAGCCAAUGAGAGGUAAUUCGAGAACUCCAUGUUUGUUCUCACUUGGUGAAGAUCAGCACUUUGUUGAAUAUGAUUUGGAAAAUAGUGGACCUUAUCCAGAACCAGGCUUGAAAAUUUUGCACGUCCACCAAAUUGAAUUGAAUGCUAUUCCACUUUCUAUGGCUUGGUAUCCUCAAGUCGGAGUUGAGAAAUUUUUGGUUUUAUCGAAUUCCGAGUACAAAUUCCGACUUUUUAACGAUAUGACUAAAAUGAUACGAGGAACCUUUUUGGGCCCCAGUUACGGUUCUCCUGUCACAAAUAUGAAGGUUUUAACUACAAAAUCAGAUGAAAAAACUCGAUCCUACAUAAUUUUUGCAACUGAAAAAGAAAUUGGUAUACAAAUGAUUCCCUUGGAUGGAAAUCCAUACAAAGUAGUUGGCAUGACUGGGCAUCAUCAAAAAAUUAUAAAAAUGUGUGUUAGUCCCUGUAAGAAAUUUUUAUUCACUCUUGGAUACAAUGACAGGUGUGUUUUAAAGUGGAAAAUUAAUUUGAGAUCAGUAGAAGUGAUGGCUCGCUUAGGCGGUGAAGGCAUUUAUCCAUAUUUUUGUCUCAUUGAAGGUGGAAAAAAAGGAUGGUUGGCCAAUGAAAUGCAGGACCUUUUUUAUUACAGUCAAAUUUUACACCAAGGUGAAAAUAUUACAGGCACUAGAAUAGUAUCAGAUAAAGUUUCCAUCAAGCAACUUCCAAACUUAAUGCGAUCUAUGGGAUAUUAUCCUACCAAUGAAGAGUUGGAGAGUAUGAUGGGUGAAGUUUCCUACAAAAAUUAUGCAAAAAAUGGCGAGUUGGCAGAGGAAAUUAGUUUUGAAGAAUUUGUGCAACUCUAUGUAAACCAUCGUCCUGUUUUUGGGAUUUCGAUGCAACAGCUUAAAGAUGCUUUUCGAAAUUUUGGAAAUCCUAAGGAAAUUGAAAAUCCAACUUUAACGAGACAAACUUUUGUGGAUAUUCUUUUCGGAAAAGCUGGUUCCGGCUCUAAUAAAAUAUUAGAGGGGUCUAAAUCUUAUGGUGAACCCUUGAGCAUUGAAGAAGCAUUCACUUAUUUAACGGCUCUUGUGCUCCAUGAAAACAGUAAAAAUAAAAAUAAAUCAUCGCUAGAACGAUUUUCCAAAGCAGACUUCGAUUUUUUGCCAGAGAGUAUAUCUUACAAAGAUUUUGCCACAUACAUCAUGGGAAUCGAAUUGCCAAAGGAGAGGAGGGCUGACGAAGGUAGUGCCUAA